AUGACAAAAUAUUUCGGGCUAACCGGAACGAAGCUACAUUCGGCCGUCGCUAUGGUUGCCGGCAUCGGCUUCGUGCUGUUUGGCUAUGAUCAGGGUGUGAUGGGUGGUCUCUUGACUUUGGAUACCUUUGUGGAAACUUUUCCCGAGAUGGACACCGUGGGCAAGUCUCUCACGGCCGCGCAGAAAUCUUACAACUCCAGCGUUCAAGGCGUUGUAAUUGCUAUCUACGAGAUUGGAUGCAUGUUCGGCGCACUGGGCACUCUGUGGGCAGGCGAUAGAUACGGCCGUCGGAAGGUGGUGUUUGGUGGUGCCAUAAUUAUGUGCAUCGGAGCGACAAUCCAGUGCGCUGCAUUUGGUCUCCCACAGUUUGUCACGGGCAGAAUUAUCACAGGCAUAGGAAAUGGAUUCGUGACUGCGACGGUGCCGAUGUGGCAGUCCGAGUGCGCCAAACCAAAACGAAGAGGAGCCAUGGUGAUGAUUGAAGGAGUCUUGAUCGUCUUUGGCCUGGCAUUCUCUUAUUGGCUGAACUUUGCGUUCUACUUCAUCAACAACCAGGUGAAUUGGCGGUUCCCGAUCGCUUUCCAAUGUGUGUUUGCCGGCAUUUUGAUUGCAUUCAUCCUCUCAAUGCCAGAAUCACCGCGCUGGCUCAUCAAGAUGGGACGAAACAGUGAGUCAAGAGCUGUUUUCGCUGCUCUUGAAGGUCUGCCUGUCACCGACCCCGUGAUCGAGAUGCAUGUCCAGAGUGUCUGUGUGGGACUGGAACAAGAGCAAGGAAGCCGGAUUUCUCUCAAAAUGAUCGGCACACAGGGCCGUAAGAAGCACUUUCACCGGUCAAUGCUAGCCAUAUGGAGUCAAGCAAUGCAACAAUUAUCCGGAACAAACCUCAUCACAUACUAUGCCACAACCAUCUAUCAAGGCUCCAUUGGCCUUAGUGCGGUAAACGCUCGCAUUGUCGCCGCGUGCCAAAAUACCGCCUAUAUGUUUGUUGCUUGCGUUGCAAUCUUCACCAUCGAACGAAUCGGUCGACGAAAGCUGCUUAUGAUUGGAUCCGCCGGUCAAAUGUCAUCGAUGGUUGUCUUGGCGGGAACUAUUUGGGCCACUGGUAAAGGAAACACGGACGCUGCAAUUGUCGCCUCUUUCUUUAUCUUCGCUUUCAACGCAUCCUUUGCUCUGGGGUGGCUUGGCAUCCCCUGGUUGUAUCCUGCAGAGAUUGUGGGCUUGGAGAUUCGAGCUACGGUCAACGGCCUUAGCACGGCUACUGAUUGGGUUCUGAAUUUCAUGGUGGUGAUGAUUGCUCCAGUGGCAUUCAACAGCAUUGGAAUUUAUACCUACGUGAUAUUCGCUGUGAUGAACGGUCUCAUGUUGUUUGUGGUGUACUUUCUCUAUCCAGAAACGGCCAAUCGAUCUUUGGAAGAGAUCGAUGAGAUUUUCGAAAAUUCCAACCCGUGGACACCAUGGGAUGUUGUGAGCAUCGCGCAUGGAUUGCCAAUUAUGCACGGGAAUGUGAAUGAUGCCGAAAGUCGUUCAGCGGUCAAGCAAUAUAUGGGAGAGAAGGAAAAUGAUUCCUACGCAGGGACAUCGCACUUUACGGAGACCGUUGGAUAG